AUGAACACGUCGGAUGCCACGUGGCGUUCCGGGCCGGAAAUAAAGAAAAAUACAUCAAAAAGUUUAUUUGCUGUUGCUGUCGGGAUAAAGCAAAAGAUAAAUGUUGAUAAGAUAGUCUCGAAGUUCCUAGAAAAUGAGUUUGUGGUGAUGCUUUUCCAUUAUGAUGGUAUUGUUGAUGAAUGGAAGAAUUUUGGGUGGAGCAGUAAGGUGAUACAUGUAUCUGUUGAUAAUCAAACUAAAUGGUGGUUUGCAAAGCGAUUCUUACAUCCAGAUAUUGUGGCGGAGUACGAAUAUAUUUUCUUGUGGGAUGAAGACCUUGGUGUUGAAAACUUCCACCCACAAAGAUAUCUAUCAAUAGUGAAAGAAGAAGGGUUGGAGAUUUCACAACCAGCACUUGAUUCCAGAGUAUCUGAGGUGCAUCAUCUCAUAACAACACGAUGGAGGAUGUCAAAGGUCCACAAAAGGGCUUAUAAAUCCGAUGGUAAGGGCGUUCAAUGCGAUGAUACCAGUUCUGGACCUCCUUGCACAGGGUGGAUAGAAGUAAUGGCCCCUGUAUUCUCAAGAGCUACAUGGCGUUGUGUGUGGUAUAUGAUCCAGGGAGAUCGAACCAAAAGAAUAGGAGUAGUCGAUGCUGAAUACGUUGUUCAUUAUGGUCUCCCAACUUUAGGGGAACCUCACAAGGAACCAUCCGACAACCAUGCAUCACUGAACCAAAGAGUUGAAGUGAGAAGGCAAUCGUAUAAUGAGUACAAGGUGUUCAAAAGACGAUGGAAGAAAGCUGGAGAGGAGGACGAGUGCUGGACGGAUCAAUAUCCUGAUGACCUCCAACAACUCAACCACACACCUGCUUGGCCUAAUAUGUGA